AUGGCAGAGCCAAUCGAAUUGGUUUCCGGCAUAGCAGCUUUAGCUACAUUCGCUUCCCAGUCCAGCAUGACACUUUACAAAACAGUCCAGAGUUUUCAAUUUCAUCCAAAACGUGUGCGUGACCUCACAGAGGAGCUUGAGUCUUUCAAUAAAGUACUUCGCCGGCUAGAAGAGACAGUCGGUGUCGCUACUGAUUUGGACCUUUCUGCCCUUGAACUUCCUCUGUGGCGAUGUGGAAAUGCCUGCACAGACUUCGAUGAAGUCAUUGCGAGAUGUGCAGCACGGUCUAGUGCUAGCCGAAUCAGCUUCCGAGACUGGUCUAAGCUGAGAUACAUGGACGAAGACAUCGACGGUUUCAGACGACUUCUAGCUGCAUAUAAGCUAACUGUCACUGUUGCCGUCACUGGUGCAAACCUCCACAAGCCCUCCGUCAAUUCCGAGAGCCUUGAAGGUUACAAAGACCUCAUUCAGAUUACUUCCAGCGACCUUGAGGAUCAUCUAGAGAGUAUCAAUGAAAAGCUUGAGAGCAUUCUCGAAAAGAAUGUGGAACGGUUCAGCACAGAUGAAACAGAACAUCGACUCAUGGAGGAGGAGCGAAUGAGCAUCCACAAGUGCCUCCAAAUUUGUGCUCAGUUGUCAGAACGUAUCUAUCAGAUCCAGCAUGUGCAGAUGGGUGAUGAUGGUGCUCUCUCCAAAUAUAAUGAUUCUGAGGAUGUACCAAAAAGAGUCACCAACAAGAGUUCGCAUGAACGCGCUAUCUCCGUGGAGAAACGUAUGGGCUUUGACGAGAUUGCUUGGGACAAAAGCGACUUGGCAUUUGCCGCUUGGAAGGAAAAGCUCUUCAAGGAAGAGGCUCUUCAAGAGAUUGGAGCUAUGAUCAUCAAGCACAGAGGAGGACCUGCAGAUGAACUUUUCUCUCCACAGAAAGGAGCUUUCAAUGUUAUACUCCGCAUGAAAUUCCUCGACGGUGGCUCGGCAAUCAUCCGAUUUCCAGGUCCUGGUUAUUCAGUAUUCCCAGAGGAGAAGGUUAGAAUGGAGGUCUCUAUGAUGGGAUUUAUCGAACAGCGCACAUCAAUCCGCGUUCCUCACGUUCUUUAUUAUGGAAUGACUGAGGAAAGUCCGGCUGGAUUGGGUCCAUUUAUUAUCAUGGAGUACAUAGAGCACGACUCUGAUCUUGUUGAUGCUCUGAAUAGCCCAGGUCUUUCAGAUGACGACCGACCUAUUCUAGACCCUGAUAUCACCGAUGAAAGACUCAGAUCGGUGUAUAGUCAAAUGGCAGAUAUCCUACUUCAGCUUGGGAGACAUUCUUUUAACAAGAUCGGCUGCAUAUCAUGCAACGAAGGCGAAGAUGAUGAUCAAUGGCUUGUCAGGGACCGUCCUUUGACCAUAAAUAUGAACGAGCUUGUCCAGCUGGGCGGUUUCCCUCCACACCUUCUACCUCAGGGUACAUUCAAAACUGCUUCUGCUUAUUUCCUGGCCCUUGCAGAACAGCACAUGGCACAUCUAUUCUCACAACGAAACAAUGCAAUUGGUUCCGAAGAAGAUUGCAAAAGGAAAUAUAUCGCACGAUGUUUGUUCCGAAAACUUGCGCGAGAGAAUCGACUUUGCCGUUAUGUCAAUGGCCCAUUUAAGCUCUUUUGCGACGACCUCAGGCCUGCGAAUAUCCUCGCAAGUUCUCAAUACGCCUACAGUGUUGUUGGAGCUAUCGAUUGGGAGUUUUCGUAUACUGCACCCGCAGAAUUUACGUAUAGUCCUCCGUCAUGGCUCUUACCGGAGCGUCCGGAGUAUUGGGAGCAAGGACUAGAUGACUGGACGCGAGUUUAUCGGCAACGCCUUCCAAUAUUCCUAGAGGAACUUCGACUGAAAGAGGACGCCGCCAUUCAGCGUGGAAUUAUUUUCGAGGAGGAUCGGCUUUCGCGACACAUGGAAGAAAGCUGGAAGACUGGUGAUUUCUGGGUUACAUAUGCAGCACGGAGAAGCUGGGCCUUUGACAUGAUAUACUGGGCGAAGAUCGACCGUCGAUUUUUCGGGACAGGUGAUCUAACGGAUCGACUGGGGCUAUUAAGUUCGGACGAAAGACGUGAGAUGGACGGAUUCGUGCAGAAGAAAAUGGCCGAGAAGGGGUGCUUUUGA